CCUGUAUCUAGGCAACGGAAUACAUUUGUGGUCAUGUGAUCAUUAUGUUUUCAAGUCUCUCCCAUUUUCCAUUGGCCAUGAAGGAGAGGACCUCAUGGUGCUGUGGUGAAGAUUGGUUUGGCAGCUUCCUAGCACGUCGCCAUCUCUCUGUCCGAACUCCAGAGGCAACAUCCCUGGGAAGGGCUACAGCCUUCAAUACAACUACAGUCGGGGAGUUCUUUGACAAUCUGGCUGUAGUGAUGGACAGGUUGUGACAGAGAAAGGAAAAAAGCAAGUUGGUUCUGGCACAUCAGCUGAGAGAGGAGAACUGGUGACUGUGGUGUGUGCAGUGAAUGCUGCUGGAAAUGCCACACCUCCCAUGUUUAUCUUCCCCAGAGUUAAGUUUAAGGACUGCUUCAUGAUAGGAGCACCCCCAGGAGCCAAAGGUACCUCCACCAGAACAGGAUGGAUGAAUGAAGACACCUGGGCAGAGUUCCUUGAUCACCUGAUACAGCACACUAACUGCACACCUGACCAUCCCAUGCUGUUAAUCCUGGAUAAUCUUAAGGCUCACAUCUCACUCAAGGCAGUAGAAAUAGCCAAGAGCAACGGUAUUGUUCUGCUCACCCUCCCACCCCACACAUCCCAUCGCAUGCAGCCUCUCGACGUGACCGUGUAUGGCCCGUUCAAGACCCAAUACAGCCGAGCACUUGAUGGGUGGAUGAGAUCCAACCCUGGCAAAACAGUCUCGAUCUACCAGAUUGCAGGACUUGUGAAUGAGGCCUUCAUGUCAGCAGUGACACCACGCAACAUCACUUCUGGAUUUAGGUCCACUGGGAUUUUCCCAUACAACCGAGACACUUUCCCUGAUAAAGCGUUUGCACCAUCUAUGGUGUCAGACCGGCCAAACCCUGAGCUGCAGCCUGCGAGUGCAAAUGAUCCCGAUGGUCCAUCCCCUGCAGAUGAUCCACCUGCAGAUGAACCACCCGCUGCAGAUAAUUCACUCACUGAUGCUAAUCCAUCCACUGCGCAUGGUCCACAUGGAUGUACCUCACCAGCUGACUCAGAUGUGCCGUGUGUUCCCAGCCAACCUGGAUAUGUGUCUCCUCGUGAAAUUCUACCACUUCCCAAAUGUCCCCCCAGAACACAAACCAAACGAAAGCGUGUGAAGACAGCCAUCCUAACUGAUACUCCUGAGAAGCAGGCGAUUGAAAAGGCUUAUAAAGAAAGACAAAAGAAACUGGCAGGGAAAAAGCAAAAUAGUAAAGAAAAGGGAAAACCGAAAAAGAAAGCAACCAAAAAGAAAAUCAUAGUUAACAGCUCUGAGGAGAGUGAUGUCCCUGUCCCAAUUGAUAAUGUGUCUGAUGAAGAGAGCUCUGAGGAUGAGAGAAGUGAUCCAGGAAACACAGAUCUGUCCGUGGGUGACUUUGUCAUAGUUAACUUUGCAACCAAACUCAGGAGCGUCCGUUACAUUGGCAUGGUUGAGAAAGUUGAGGAUGACGAAAUACUUGCACAAUUUCUCAGAAGAAUCCAGGGAAACACAAAAGAUUGGGAGAGACCCACAUUUGCUAUAAAGGAAAAUGAUGUGGCACAUGUUCCUAAAAGUGAUGUGGUGAAGAAGCUGCCUCAACCUAAAAGGCCUGGAGGAACCACACGGAGAGAGCAACUCCUCAUCUUUCCCUGUAACCUUCAGGGCUGGAAUGUAGAGUAAGCCUAGUUGUAAAGUAUGACAGUAGGCUGAUGUUCUAAUCCAGGUGGGUCUAGUCCUGUGUUCUGAGUCCCAGGCUGUUCUAGCUGGGUCUGAUUGUCCUUUGCUCUGACCCCCCAGACACUAGCUGGCUCUAAGGGUCCUGUGUUCUGACCCCCAGACUGUGUUCUAAUCUAACUGGUUCUAUCUGUCAUUUGAAUGUUAAUUAAAACAUUUUGAAUUAUAUUAGCCAAUGUUCUUUUUGAUUUUGUUCAGAGUGUGCUUAAUUGACCAAUCCCCAUGAUUCUGUUACUAGUCCGACAUUAGUUCUGGAAUCUGUG